AUGCUACGCCCCUCAAACAUAACCCGCUCAAACUCAGAAUACUCACUCCAAGACCUCGCUAGACCACGCUCUCGUCUACGCCAUUCCCAGUCCUGUUCACGCAACGAAAGCGAAGAUGAAUCCCAUCCCCGAAACAGCAACGGAGAGACACGCACCGCAGUGCCGCAAGGGGUUGUCCCUACACACAUCAAGACAGGGACGAGCCUGGGAAAGUUCUGGAAAGACUAUGUUAGCUGCGAGGUAGACCUCUCAGCGUCGAGGGAUCAUCUGGCAAACGAAAGGACCUUUCUAGGGUAUCUGCGCACCUCGGUUAUGAUGUCCAUGGUGGGAACAAUGGUCGCUCAGCUGUUUACGCUCAGUCACGAGGGCCAUCACGCAAAGACCUUUGGCUAUUUUAUCACGGGGAAACCCCUAGCCUUGACUUGUUACGGCUUCUCCAUCGGGACGAUUCUUUUGGGCGCGGUUCGGACGUGGAGGCAUCAGAGGAUCAUGAUGAGUGGGAAAGCGUUGGUUGGGGGGUUUGAGAUUCAUGUUUUGGGUAUAUGCAGUAUGACGUUGCUUUUGGUGUUUUUCUCUUUUUUGCUUAGUAUUGAUAUUGUCAAGGAUGGUGCACCUAUGACUACGACUCUUUGA